AUGAGUUCGCCAUCGUUCAAAUCGUUGGUACUUUUGUUUACUGUCUUGCCUUUAGCAAGAGCCAAUAUCGUUAGCCAAAUCGCAAACGCCAUUGAUGGUCUAUUUGACGAGGCCACAAACGAGGCUCAACAGAGGUUCAACUGGUCCUUGGCUGCUACAACGACAGAGGGUCCAGCUACAGAGGCUCUUUUGACUUCUGUAGACGUGCCACUGCAGCAGCCAACGACUUCAUUAACAUCACCACUCAUACCAUUUCCUCUUAUCUCACUGCCUACUUCGCCAAUCACUGCGACUGUCGCCCCAGGAACAUCAUCACUGAGUGCAGUCGAAACAUUUUUGACCAGUUCUCCUAUUACGGAAGAGAUCCCUUCCACAACUUCUAGUGAAUCGGAACCCACGUUUGCCAUCCCUCUUGUCACUUUGACCUCAUCUUCUGAGGGCGUCACCAGCGUCUAUACUGUGGCACCCAGCAUUGGAACUGUAGCAGUUCCCCAGAAUACGUUUCCUAUUGCAACGCGUACGGUAACUGUUCCCGGUGAUAGAACUAUUACAGUCAACCCCGAAACCGUCACUGUGGGAGGAGUUGAGACAGAUACCCUACAAACGGCUAGCCAGCCGGCAACCACGUACGUCACAUUGCAAACGCAGUCAUUCGGAGCUCCUUCCUCGAUCAUUACUCAACAGGUCGACACAGUCGUAGUCUCUUCAUUGACAAGCACCGCGGGAGAGGAUGAGACAGACACCCUAAAAACGGCUAGCGAGCCGGCCAGUGAGCCUGCAAGCACGUCCGAACUAGUACAACCGGAUACGCUUGGUGUUACCACAACUCGACUGAUGGACACAGUUAUAAUAGCUCCUACAACGACGUCAAGUACAGGAGCAGAGGGAGUAGACGCUGCAUCUGCGACCACUGUUAGUGUACUAGCCAGUGGAACUAUCAGUCCUCCUUUUUCCGUUGUCGAAUCAACUGUUUAUAUUCCAACAGCUGAAGUUCCCAGUCCCACUACGACUACAGCCGAGAACACGAUUGAAACCCCGGUCACUACAGCUGCUGAGACAGCCGUAACCAUUGCUACAACCCCGACCAAUACUAUGGCCAGUCCUACGGUCGACAACACUGAACCAACCAGUCUUGGGCCCGCUGUAAGUUCGCAUCUUGUGACAACGGAACCGGUAACCACGCCAGUUGCUCCGUCGCUAGUCACUUCAGUCGAGGCGGCAUCAGUGUCGGUGUUAUAUUCUACGGGUUUGCAGGCUACUGGACCCGCGACAACACAGCAGACACCUUUGCCCAUGACGUCGCUGGAGCUGUCCUCUGCACCUGAGCCCACAGUGGUACCUAUCAUUUCUGAAACCACUUCUGGAAGCGAGCAGCCAUCUUCGCUAUCAGCUGUACUAACUGUUUCAGGAACGCAGGACAAUACUGUCACUCCUGUUGCAGAGCCUACGACUAGUACAGAGGCUGCCUCAUCUAGCGCUAGCCUAGAGGGUGCCCCAACUAGUGCUAGCCCAGAGGCUUCUCCAUCUAGCGCUAGCCUAGAGGUUGCAACAUUGACUGCUAGCACGGCGGUUGCGCCAUCUACUGUGACUUCGGUUCAGCAGGUGCCACCAACCACCCAGACAAGUCCAAACCCGGGGACAACUGCGACGCAGACACAGCCAGUUGAGACGGUGCUCACUUCUGCCCUUGGUCCAGAGUCCCCAACAACUUCAUCCUCUACAUCGCAGAACACAAACUGGCUGCCUGACGGUUUAAUUACCGCAACAGCUAGUCCAACAUCGAAGCCAAUAGCUACCCAAACAGGCCAGGAUGAGUCUAGCGCCAGCACAAGCACGACAGCAAAUCUGCCACAGGUAAUUGCGCCAGCAGUUGCUCCAACAAACACAGCAGGAAUGGUUGAGAUGCAGCUUGGUUUCAAAUACCCGUUGAACUAUCCUUUCGUGGCCUCCAACCCAUUGGCAGCUGCUCAGAUUGCCGAGUACUUGCCUGAGGGCGUUGCGUAUGGCCUUGGCUUGGACAGUAGUAAGGUGCAGCUCAGGUACCUUGUUCCUUACGCUAUGACCGACUAUGAUGCGACGGUUGUUCGGUUUUACCUGCCCAAGAAAAAUGUGGACGGCUUUGUUUCAGGCAUUGGCGACCCUAGCAGCAUGAUGUUCAGCAAUCCAAACCCGACCAUUGCUACUUUAAUGAGUCUCAUUGACACAUCAAUUCCUACAACACCAGAGGAUAGCACGAACACGAACGAUGGUUCCUCUGGUGGCAGCAGUGGUAGUGGCGACUCGUCAAGUUCGGGACCAACUAAUGGCUGGGUAGGAUCGCUUGAUCAAAGCAUGCAACCAAGCAUGAAGUCUUCUCGGGCGUCAGGAAAAACCGCCGGCAUCUCUGUGGGUACUGUGGGCGGUGCAGUCGCGAUCGGUAGUGUUGUAGCGAUUGUGCUUGCCCGCAAACGCCGGAAGCGGCGUGCCCAGCUCUCGGACACAGACAGCGAGGUCUCUGUGGCGUCGGAUGAUGCGUCUACCUACAGCUAUGAUCCGUUUGACUCUUAUCGUCUUUCCCACGCCUCCAGCAUCAGCGACAUUAUGCCUGCUCCUGCUAGGGGCCCGCUUCCUAUUUCUCAGCCGGUAAUGAGUGAAAACAGUUUAGGUUGGUUAUAA